GUGUCUGUGCCUGUGUGUGUCUGUGUCGGUGUCUGUGUGUGAGCGGGCGGCGGGCGGGCGGGCGGGCGCGAGCGAGCGUGGCCGCCGCGGAGCCGAGCAGGACCGGCGGGCGCGCUCCCCAGCUCUCUCCCCGCCAGAACCAUGUCGGGCAGGUCGGUUCGAGCCGAGACCAGGAGCCGGGCCAAAGAUGAUAUCAAGAGGGUCAUGGCGGCUAUCGAGAAAGUGCGCAAAUGGGAGAAGAAGUGGGUGACUGUUGGUGACACAUCCCUGCGGAUCUACAAGUGGGUCCCCGUGACAGAGCCGAAGGUUGACGAUAAAAACAAGAAUAAGAAGAAGGGUAAAGACGAGAAGUGCGGCUCGGAAGUGACCACUCCGGAGGACAGCUCGUCUCCGGGGAUGAUGGACAUGCACGACGACAACAGCAACCAGAGCUCCAUAGCGGACGCCUCCCCCAUCAAGCAGGAGAACAGCAGCCACUCCAGCCCCGCUCCAGAGCCCACCACAGCCGCGCCCAGUGAUGGCGCCGAAGCCAAGGCAGACGAGGUGCAGACGGACGGGAAGGAGCACCCCGGGACUGAAGAUGCUUCUGAGGAGCAGAAUUCACAGCCUUCGCUGGAAAACUCGAACAGCUCAGAGAAAGCAGAUCGGCAGCCGUCCGCAGAGUCGGGGCUGGCCGCGGACACAUGCACAGUCUCUCAGGAUUUGGAAGGAGCACCGCCCUCUAAAAAGAUGAAGCUGGAGCCUUGUCAACAGAACUCGGAGGAGAUGUAGGCGCUGAGUUGAACCCUCUGGUCCGUGUUCAUCAGCAGGUUUUAUUCUAGAACAACGGUGCCCGAGCGAUUCUUCUUGGGCGCAGACAGAACUACUAACAUUUCAAGUUUACCAAGUGCAAAUCCAAGAAAACCUAGAACGGCGUAACUUCUCAAGACACUGAAGAACUGCUGUGAAGCAAACCCGAGCCUCCCGGGAGGCAGGCCACGGCUCAGGAGCGUCGCACACUGUCUCGGAAGCCAAGAUUCCAUUUGUGUUGCUGCUGUA